CAUCAUGAAAUUAUGUCAUGACAUAACUUUAUGAUGUCACAUUAACACGUUCUGACUCACUUUGCAUCACUAUAGGUCAUCUUCUGCCAUCAACGAAAUGGUAAAAAACCCUGAUCCACGGAUUCUUGCAGUCGAUUGCCAAGUCACAAGUCCCAAAGCGAACCAGGUCACCUAAAGCCACCUAAAGCUAAAACCAGCGCAAAGGAGCUAUGGAGUCGGAAAGACAAAAUCAAGGAAUGGAUGAAAAGAGGGAAAAGCUUGACCAGAAAAAACAACAGAUGGACAAGCAGCAUCAGCUGGAAAUGUCAGACCUCACUGGCAAAAUAUCCAAGCUGGAAAAAUCUCUCAAAGAGGAGAAAACCAGGGCUAACGAAGCAGAAACACGCUUAGCCAAGCAGGUGAAAGAAUCUGCCAAGGUAAAAGCUAUGUUUGCUGAUGCAGAACGAAAUCUUCAACAACAGAAGAAAUUACAAAAAGAAAAGAACUGUCUCAUCAAUGAGCAUCAGGUUGCAUUAGCAAAGGAAAAGAAACAGAUGGCAAUGGAAAGAGCAGAAUGGGAGAGAAAAAACUCUGAACUUUCUCAGGAAAUUGCUAAAAUGAGGAAAGAUCAUGAGGAAAGGAGUGCCCCCUGUGACAAAACUGAAAAGGACUUUUCUGAAAAGUUUGCCCAGGUUGAGAAGCAGAUGAAGCAACAGCAAGCAACCAUUGCAGAAAAGGUCACGACCAUAAACAACCUUGAAGGUACCUUGAAGGAAUUGCUUGACCAACAAAACCAGCUGGAAACGGACAGAGAAGAUUUGGAGAGAAAAAACUCUAAACUUUCUCAAGCAAUGGCACAAAUGAGGAAAGAUCAUGAGGAAAGGUGUGCCUCCUUUGACAAAGCUGAAAAGGAGUUUUCAGAAAAGAUUGCCCAGGUCGAGAAGCAGAUGGAACUGCAAGAAACAUCUGCGGAAAAAGUCACCAUAAUAAACAAUUUUGAUGGUGUCUUGGAGGAAAAGCUUGACCAGCAAAAACAACAGAUGGACAAGCAGCAUCAGCUGGAAAUGUCAGACCUCACUGAUAAAAUAUCCCAGCUGGAAAAUUCUCUCAAAGAGGAGAAAACCAGGGCUAACGAAGCAGAAACACGCUUAGCCGAGCAGGUGAAAGAAACGGCCGAGGCAAAAGCUAUGUUUGUUGAUACAGAACAAAAUCUUCAACAACAGAAGAACUUACAAGAAGAAAAGAACUGUCUCAUCAAUGAGCAUCAGCUUGCUUUAGCCAAGGAAAAGAAACAGCUGGCAAUGGAAAGAACAGAAUGGGAGAGAAAAAACUCUGAACUUUCACAAGAAAUGGCACAAAUGAGGAAAGAUCAUGAGGAAAGGAGUGCCACCUUUGACAAAGCUGAAAAGGAGUUUUCAGAAAAGAUUGCCCAGGUCGAGAAGCAGAUGGAACAACUGCAAGAAACUAUUGCAGAAAAGGUCACCAUAAUAAACAAAUUUGAUGGUGUCUUGGAGGAAAAGCUUGACCAGCAAAAACAACAGAUGGACAAGCAGCAUCAGCUGGAAAUGUCAGACCUCAUUGACAAAAUAUCCAAGCUGGAAAAUUCCGUUCAAGAUGAGAAAACCAGGGCUAACGAAGCAGAAGACAGUUUAGUCCAGAAGGGGAACGAAUUGGCUCAGAUAAAAGCUGUGUUGAUUGAUACUGAACAAAAUCUUCAACAACUGAAGAAGCAAUCAGAAAAAGACAAAAAUUGUCUCAUCAAUGAGCAUCAGCUUGCAUUAUCAAAUGAAAACAAACAGCUGGCAAUGGAAAGAAAAGAUUUGGAGAGACAAAACUCUGAAUUAUCUCAAGAAAUUGCUACAAUGAGGAAAGAUCAUGAGGAAAGGAGUGCCACCUUUGACAAAGCUGAAAAGGAGUUUUCAGAAAAGUUAGCCAAGGUCGAGAAGCAGAUGGAACAACUGCAUGACACUGUUGCGAAAAAGGUCACCAUUAUAAACAAUUUUGAUGGUGUCUUAAAGGAAAAGCUUGACCAGCAAAAACAACAGAUGGACAAGCAGCAUCAGCUGGAAAUGUCAGACCUCACUGAUAAAAUAUCCAAGCUGGAAAAUUCCGUUAAAGAGGAGAAAACCAGGGCUAACGAAGCAGAAAACCGCUUAACCCACCAGCUGAAAGAAUCGGCCCAAUUAAAAGCUGUAUUGGUUGAUACUGAAAAAAAUUUUCAACAACACAAGCAGCAAAUAGAAAAAGAAAAGGACCGUCUCAUCAAUGAGCAUCAGCUGGCAUUGACUAAAGCGCAAAAACAGCUGGCAAAGGAAAGAAAACAAUGGGAGAGGCAAAACUCUGCUCUUUCACAAAAAGUUGAUCAAAUGAAGAAAGAUCAUGAGGAAAGGAGUGCCACCUUUGAAAAAGCUGAAAAGGACCUUUCAGAAAAGUUUGACCAGGCCCAGAAGCAAAUUCAACAACUGCAAGACACUAUUGCGAAAAAGGUCACCGAAAUAAACACUUUUGAUUGUGUCAUGGAGGAAAAGCUUGCGCAACACCACCAGCAGGUGGAAAUUGUAAAAGAGAAGUGUCGGCAGGAAAAUGUUGAUCUCUUCCUCCAAAUGUCCCAACUGAAAACAGAACUUCAGGAAGAGAAGAUGGUGACAAUGACGGUCAAACGUAGUUUUGAACUGGAAGCAAAAGAGUCUGCCAAAUUAAGAGUUGCUUUUCUCCGUGUAGAGAAAGACCUAGAGUUUCAGAAGCAGCAAUGGGAAACAGAACUCUUGAAUGUUCAUCAACCCACGGCCUCUGCUUUAACCGAGACCCAGAAACAGCUGGAAGAGGAAAGACUGGAGUGGCAGGAAGAAAAGAUGGCCUUUCUUCAGCAAAUCGCUGACCAGAAGACAGUGGUCAGUAGGUUAAAGGCUAAAAUCAGAAAAACUGCAAAGGUCAACAAGGUAAAACUUGAACAACUACAGCUGCAGGUGGAGGAGCAGAAGAAAGCUCAAAAGAAAUCUCUUGGAAUGAGGUUUCUGAACCUUUUCAAAACAAACAGAAAAGGAGACUAAGUGGACUAGUGCAACUAGUCCAUUUUAAUAGGGCUGGGGUUUAGUUUAAGGGUAGGGGUUAGGUGAAUAGGCAUACUGAAAGGUAGGCAAGUAGGACCUCUAGCCAAAUA